AUGACUCGUGUGAAACAUCAACGUUAUAUUCGUUCCAGCGAUUUGACUCCGAAAGAGGAGCUUGAUAAUUUUCUUACCGAACACAUCAAAUAUUUACCGAGGGAAAAAAAACGAGUUGAACGGUUCUUCAAAGAAAAUGGAAUAAACGGCGAAACUUUAGAAACAAAUUUAAAAGAAUUAGAAAAAAUCAUUAAAGAAAGAGAUGAAUUAAAGGAGAUUAUGAUUGCUAAUCAAAAUAUACGAAUAAGAAAUUUACAAGAUUUAUUAGAAAAUUCAAGACCGAUGUUACAUCAAGAAAGAAUACCGAUAGGACGCCACCAAGAUCAAUUAGAAAGAAAUAGAGGGGGGCGCCAACAAGAAAUCAAUAGACUGCGCUAUGAAAACCAAUUUCUAAGUCACGUUGUGGUAGAAGUAAUAGGAGGAGCCCAACGAGAAAUCAGUGAACUUCACGAUGACAACCAACGUCUUCAUCAGGAUCUUGAAAUCGGGAGAAGGCUUAGCGAGAAUAGGACUGCUAAUCAAAAUAUACAAAUAAGAAAUUUACAGGAAAGAGUAGAACAAAGUGAAAGAGGAAUGCUGAUGUUGACAAGACAAAAUGCUUUCCGUCUCGACCAUAAUAUAGAUACAAAUGCUUUCCAUCUCGACCAUAAUAUGGAUACAGAUGAAUAUAAUUAA